GACACUGGGAUGGCCGGGAAGGUGGCGCUGCUCCUGUGGGCCCAGACCCUCGGCCUCGCUGGUGCCCAGAGCACCCAGCUCCUGGUGGAGCCCCCCUGGACGCCGGCGGUGCUGUGGGACCGGGUGACACUGACCUGCCAGGGCUCGGGGACCGCCGCUGCCACCACCUGGUACAAGGACGGCCGGCGCUGGUGGAAGGAGCGACGACACAGCUUCACUGUCACCGAGAGUGGCACCUACAAGUGUCACAGACCCGGGACCAGGAUCAGCUCCCCCAUGAUGGUGUCAAAUGAGCCGCUGGUGCUCCAAGCGCCAGCACGGGCACUGCUGGAGAGGGACACGGUGACACUGCGCUGCCGGGGCCGGCAGGACAGCUCUGUCACCAAGGUGGGAUUUUACAAGGACGAGCGGGAUCUAGGGGAGUCCCUCGGGGGCACCGAGCUGUCCCUGUCUCCUCUGCAGCUGCACAAAAGCGGCCACUACCGCUGCGGGGGCUGGGUGGCCUCAGGAAUGUCACUGUCAGCACCGGUGACAGUGACAGUACACGAGCUCUUCACGGUGCCGGUGCUGGAGGGUCCCCCCGAGCUCACCGAGGGUUCCCCCCUCAAUCUCAGCUGCCUCAGCACCCCCAGCCCCCUGCGGCCCCCAGCCCCCCUCCUGUACCGCUUCUACCGGGACGGGCAGUCGGUGGGGGGACCGCAGGGGUCCCCGCAGCUCCUGGUGCCCGCCGUGGGGGUCUCCCACUCGGGGAAUUACAGCUGCGAGGUGCGCUCUGAGGAGGGGGCCGUGCGGAAGAGCAGCGCCCGGCUCGGCGUCACGGUGCGCAGUGAGUGCGGGAUGGGCACGGGGAGCCCCCACAGCUCUCCCAGGUCUCCCAUCCCUGUUCAACCCUCUGCGUGCUGCCCUGCUUUCCCAGCUCUCUCCCUGGGUCCCUGCAUCGCCUCUCCUGGUGCCUGCAUCCCUCAUCAGGUCCCCUCAGCCCCUUCCUGAGUGCAACUGUGUCUAUCUGAGGUUCCUGCAUUGUCAAUAGGUCACCAUCCCUGUCAGGGCACUCAAAAUCUUCCCUUCAAUCCUUUCCUGGUGUCCCCUCUCUGAAUAUCCUAUCUGUCCCUGAGGUCACUUCCACCCCGUUCCAAGCCUCCCCACCGUCUUCUUCCUCACUGGGAUCCCGACACCCCUCUUAGAUC